AUGGCGCAGCUCUACACGCUCGAGCCGCAGACCAACGCCAAGGUCCUCCUCAAAACGAACUUCGGCGACCUCGAGCUCGAGCUCUGGGGGCAGCAAGCACCGCAAACCACGCGCAACUUCCUACAGCUAUGCUAUGACAACUACUACAACGAUACGAUAUUCCACCGCCUAGUGCCAGGGUUCAUCCUUCAGGGCGGCGACCCGACAGGCACGGGGCACGGCGGCGAGGCGAUCUAUCCCGGCGGGUUGUUCGCGGACGAGUUCCACUCGCGCCUGAAGUACAACCGCAGAGGGCUCGUCGGCAUGGCGAACUCCGGGAAAAAAAACGAUAACGGAAGUCAGUUCUUCCUGACGCUGGGGGAUACGCGCGAGUUGACGGGAAAGAACACGCUGUUUGGGAAGAUCGUCGGCGAUACGAUAUAUAAUCUGGUGCGGAUGGGAGAGUUGGAGCUGGAGGAGGGAGGCGAGAGGCCGCUGUUUCCGCCGAAGAUUUUGAGUACGGAGGUGCUGGUCAAUCCGUUCGAGGAUGUCAAGCCCAGGGAGGUCAAGAGGAAGGCGGAGGAGACGCUGGAGAAGCCGAAGAAGAAGGUCGUCAAGAAGAAGGGUGGGAAGGCGCUGCUGUCGUUCGUGGGCGAGGAGGAGGAGGAUGCAGCGCCCGUGCUACCCGUCAAGAAGAAGCCGAAGUUCGACACGCGGUUGGUGGUGGAUGCGGGACAACGGCCGGCACCGAAGCCACGGGAGCCACCGGCGGCGGAGGAGAAGGGCAAAGGCAAGGAAGUCCUCCCACCCACCAAACCCCGCCGCACCCCCUCGCCACCGCCGAAAAAGCAAAAGACCUCCGCAGCGGUGCCCACCCGCGCAUCCCGCUCACCCACCCGCUCACCGACCCCACCACCCACGCGCUCCGCACAGCUCCUAGCCCAAACCAACGCGCAGAUCGCGGCGCUGCAGAAGUCCUUGCGGCGGUCUGCAUCGCCGCCUGCCGCGUCGGCAGCCAGCGGCGCCGCCGCAGCAAAAAAGAAAUCCCUGCUGGCCCUGCAGAAAGCUAUGCUCCCACCGACGUCCGUCCAGGGCCGCAAAAAGCUCCGCCGCCGCGGCGACAAGGCCGAGGAUGACGACGAGGCGGCAUUUCUCGCCCUGCAGAAAUUCCGUGCGAAGCUCGCCGCCGCACCACCCUCCCCUCCACCUCCCCCUCCCCCUGCAACCACCACCGACACACACACACCCACAGACUCGGCCAUGCCGGAUGCGGCCGACACCCCCGCCGUGUCCGCCGCCGGCGCCGAUCCCGCCCCGGAACCGGAGGAGGACUCAGACGCGACGCUCUGCGACCUGCAUUUCAUCCCGCACUGCCAGAGCUGCAGCAAGUGGGAUCUGCAGGACGCCGACGAUGACGACGCAGGGGAGGUCACGAGUGACCUGUGGAGCCACACGCUCAGCUUCGAGAAAGAUCGCUUGGGCAAGGAUCUUACUUGGAAGAAGAAGAAUGAGGAACUCGUCGUCAUUGAUCCGAGGGAUAAGGAGAGGGAGAUUUUGGGGAAAAGGAAGGGGCGGGGUGGUGGAGAGGGCGGGUCGAGGGGGGGCGGCGGGCAUAGGGGGGAGGGUCAUCGGGACGGACUGAGGGGUGGUGGUGGCGAGGGCAGCUCGAGGGGGGGCGGACAUCGCGGAGGAGGAGGUGGUGGUGGUGGUGGUGGCGAGGGCAGCUCACGGAGGAGGGAUGAUAGGCGGGACGAUGACCGCGGCCGUGACCGUGACCGUAGGUAGUGCGUGGCAGGAUCGUCGGGCUCGGUUGCAAUCGCAAUACCUAUGCCUACCACCUUUCAAAGGUUUCAAUCUGUGUUGGUGUUUGGUCCCCCAUAUUUGACAAGAGCACGACGUGGUUUCCCAUAGGAUGUAGGUACUCCACGGAUGGAAGAUGGAUGACGGGCCCGUGUUUGUAAAUUGUAAAUUGUAAAUAUAUCAUCUCAUCGACGCAAAUUGUUCCCUCAGUCUUCUUCCAUAUUUCACUCAGGGACUGCCGCGAGCUCCCUUCCGUCCACUCCAACCACAUAAUCCCCUGUCGGUCGGCUUGUUGGCUGCUUGGGUUUGGGUUUGGGUUUGGGUACGCUGUAGAGUACAGUCGUGAUUGCAAUUAUUAUUCAGAAUUCUAGCACUUCCAGAACUUCACUUCACAUCCCAUCACUUGUU